AUGUCCCUCUCGAACAAAUCCCGGCCGAAGUCGCUGGGUCCGUCGAAAAUCGCUCUGCCACCCAUUCGACUGAAGCCGGACCCGUGGUUUACCGAGUUCACAUACGAUCCAACCCGCGUCAGUCGCUCAAGUUUGAGUCAUUUAUCUGGAUGCAACGAUUUCAAUGGAACGCGACUUGACUGCUCCUUUGAAUCAAUUGACCGUGACUUCGGCAUGGCCCACCAUGGGGAGGUGUAUCAUUCGAGCCCAAGGCUUUACCCACAAGGGAAGGAAGAUGAUGAAAGAAUCGAAGAUUGGGAGCUGGGCCCGUUUGCGACGAAGCUUCCGUCCCUUCACCAACUCGGGUUAGACCGCCCAUUUGCCGACCUCUUUUCUCUUGACGACUACGCACAACGAAACAGAUCUGAGCCCGCCGACGAUGAUGGCUGGGACACUCCAGAGAGGAGUUACCACGAAGAAAUGGACUUGGACAUCGACGAGGACGACAGUGCGGCGACGAUGGCGAAACUGAUGGUCGCAUCACGUUUUGCCUGGGAGGCUCUCGAAACCGUCCCAGAAGUUGACGAAGAGAAUGACAUGUACCCAACUGCAAAACAGAAGGGUGUCGAUAUCAGGGCGGAAAACGGACCUGCAGUUGGACAACGCAUGAUGUUCAAGGACGUGGUUAAUCGGCGGUGGCACGGUUAG